AUGGCGGCGGCGGCGGCGGCGGCGGCGGCGGCGUUCAAGGCGGCGCGGCGAGCAGACUACUUUUCAUUCAUGCGGCAUGCCUUGUGCUUGCUACAUAAUUCAGUCUCUAGCAGCAUUGGAGAUGGAGCUAAAUGGAUGGUCAACAAAAUCAAAGGGAAGAUGCAGAAACCACUGCCUGAAUUUCUCAAGGAGUAUGACCUCCCAGUAGGCCUGUUCCCGCAGGACGCGACCAACUACGAGUUGAACGAAGACACCAAGUUUCUAACGGUGUACAUCGCGUCGCCAUGCGAGGUGGGCUACAAGGACUCGUCGGUCCUGCGCUUCUCCACCAACGUGUCGGGGUACCUGGAGAAAGGAAAGAUGACCCACAUCGAGGGCCUCAAGACCAAGAUCCUGAUCUGGACCAAGGUGACGGAGGUCAGGACCGAGGCCACCAAGGUGCACUUUGCUGCCGGCAUGAACAAGACCAGGAAUCGGGACGCCUACGAGGUUGUCAGGGAUGGCGUCGCCGUAGACAAGUUCUAG